CGCCCCCUCUGCUCGCCCCGCUCCGCCGCAAGGUGUGCGUGCGCGGACGGCACAAGAGGGAGGAGGAGAAAAAGCUGCCCUCCGCCUCGCCGGCAGCCGCCGGGCGCCAGGGCUGCCGCCGUGCCCCCCCUAUGUGAGGCCCCCCGGGCGGCCGCAUGGCGAUAGAGCGGCGCCGCGAGGCGGGCGGCGGGGGCCGGCCGCUGCCCGAGGAGAACGGCUCCGUGCCGGGCGCCGCCGCUCCCCCCCCGGGGCCGCCCCCCGCCGGGGCCGCCGAGAUCCAGGCGGUGCCGCCGCCCGCCGCCGCUUGCAGCCCUCUGCUGCUCGACUACGACGGCUCGGUGCUGCCCUUCCUCGGGGGGCUGGGCGGCGGGUACCAGCGCACCCUGGUGCUGCUCACCUGGGUGCCGGCCCUCUUCAUCGGCUUCAGCAAGUUCUCGGACUCCUUCCUGCUGGAUCAGCCGGACUUCUGGUGCCGGCAGGCCGACGGGCAGGGCAACUGGAGCGUGGCUCCCGGCCACGGCAAUCGCAGCGGCAACGGCAGCAUCUUCCCCCCGGCCGCUCUGCCCACCCCCGUUGCGGGAAACGCCAGCGAGUGCGAUUGCCACGAGUGGCACUACCGCAUCCGGGCCGGCCUCGUCCAGAACGUCGUCAGCAAGUGGGAUCUUGUUUGUGAUUCUGCCUGGAAAGUCCACAUUGCAAAAUUCUCCCUACUUGUAGGAUUAAUCUUCGGCCACUUGAUAACAGGAUGUAUAGCUGACUGGGUUGGUCGACGGCCCAUACUGCUCUUCUCUGUCAUAUUCAUUUUGAUAUUUGGACUGACUGUGGCACUCUCAGUGAAUGUGACAAUGUUCAGCACACUCAGGUUUUUUGAGGGGUUUUGCCUGGCUGGAAUAGUCCUCUCCCUGUACGCAUUGCGGAUAGAGCUCUGCCCUCCUGCACACCGGUUCAUGAUCACCAUGGUGGCGAGCUUCAUUGAGAUGGCAGGGCAGUUCCUGAUGCCGGGGCUGGCUGCUCUCUGCAGGGACUGGCAGGUCCUCCAGGCUGUCAUCAUCUGCCCCUUCCUGCUCAUGCUGCUCUACUGGGUUAUCUUCCCAGAGUCCCUACGGUGGCUGAUGGCUACGCAGCAGUUUGAGGCAUCCAAGGAACUUAUCCUGCAGCUCACUCGCAAGAACAGGAUGAAUGCAGAAAGUGACAUCAAAGGAGUGGUGCCUGAGCUGGAAAAGGAGAUCACUAGGAGAUCAAAGAAAGUCUGCAUUAUCAAAGUGGUGGGAACCAGGAACCUGUGGAAAAACAUUGUGGUAUUGUGUGUGAACUCGCUGACUGGCUACGGCAUUCACCACUGUUUUGCAAAAAGCAUGAUGGGGCACGAAGCGAAGAUGACGAUUACCCAGAACUUCUAUGCAGACUACUAUACCAUGGCUGGGAUUGCGCUGGCAUCUUGCCUGGCCAUGUGCCCCGUGGUUGGGUUCCUGGGGAGGAGAGGAGGGCUCCUGCUCUUCAUGAUCCUUACAGCUCUGGCAUCGCUUCUUCAGCUGGGCCUUCUGAACUUGAUUGGAAAAUACAGUCAACUUCCAGACUCAGGUAUGAGUGACAGUGUCAAAGACAAGUUCUCUACCGCAUUUUCCAUUGUGGGGAUGUUUUCUUCGCAUGCCGUUGGAAGUCUCAGCGUAUUCUUCUGUGCUGAAAUCACACCCACAGUAAUAAGGGGCGGAGGGCUGGGGCUGGUCCUGGCCAGCGCAGGUUUUGGCCGUCUGACCGCCCCCAUCAUGGAGCUGCACAACCAGAAAGGCUACUUCCUGCACCACGUCAUCUUUGCCUGCUGUACGCUCAUCUGCAUCAUCUGCAUCCUGCUGCUGCCGGAGAGCAAGAAUCAGAACCUGCCCGAGAACAUCCCGGACGGGGAGCACUACACCAGGCAGCCCCUCCUGCCUCACAAGAAGGGUGAGCAGCCCCUGCUCCUGACAAACUCUGAACUCAAGGACUACUCGGGCCUUCAUGACUCAGCAACUGUGAGCGACGGCAUCUCUGAGAACACCACUGCCAACGGGAUGAAGUCUAUGUAACUGGGUGGAUUUUCUCCUUUUUUUUGUUUGUUUGUUUCUUCAGAGGUUGUUUUGUUUUGUUUUUGUUUUUGUUUUCCCCUUCUCCCCUUCCUUUUGUAUUUUAUUUGAUGCUGUUGUGCAGGAGGACCAGCACUUUUGGCAGAGGUGUUUUGCGCAGGUUUUACAAACCAGUGAUGGAGCAGAUGCAGACUUGGGAAAAUUCAACUCUGUUGCCGAAGCAACUUGUAGGAAUCAUCAACUGUUGUGCAGAUCGCUCUUGAAAAAAUUAUGGGGGAAAAUACUCAUCUGAGAAAAGACCUGGCUGGAGGUAGCCCUUCAGAACUCUUUUUUCCUGCCAUUAAAUAUGUAUAUUUAUUUUGAUUUAUUCUCAAGAAGCACUUUAUUUCCUUUUCCUUUCAUAGAUCACAAAAAUGAAGCCAUCUUAUUAUAAGAGGUGCGGCCAUUCCAAGAAAGAAACCAUGGGGGGGAGGUUGUUUUUUGUUUUGUUUUUGUGUUCCUUUGAAGGAAGGAGGUAUCACUGCAAAGUUGAAUCGACUGAAACUUUGACUUGUGCAACAUUCUUCUGCCUGUGUAGAAAGGCAAAGUGCCCAGGUUGCCUGCUGUGUUUGUAUACACCAAAAAAAUAAUAAGAAGAAACAAAGCAAAACCUGUUGUGACUCAAAUUCAGACUGCAUUUUAGGCAGCUUGUGUUUUUUUUUUUUUAUAGCCCAUGUGCAUUUAAAAGUUACUUUCUAAAUUAGUACGGGUUUUUUUUUCACCAAAUGCAUUGAAGAAAAUCCUACCCAAACAAGCUGAUUUUUCAGUGAGAAUCAGCUUUACUCAUUUUAAGAGUCUGUUAACUUAUUUUAGACUGUUCCUGCUGGUGUUUAAUACUAAUGUAGAUGUAAAUGAUUUGACCAAUGAUGCAAAAAUUAGUUUUGCCAAGAAUGGCUUUAAUUACUAGGAGGUCCUGAAUCUACAACUGACUGCUCUAGAAGAGCACAGACCAGCAGUAACAAAAAGUAAGGAGCGUUGGCUACAGUCUUUACUUUUAUUUCCCAAGGCAGCGUGGCUGCGAUUGCCACUCCUGGGAAAUGAGCGUUCUGGCAUUGCCCUGCCUGUGUUUAGAACCAGAGGUUUUGUUACCAAUUUCAGUGGACAGAAUGUUUAAGUGACUAUCAAAAAGGAAGGAAUUGAUAGCCUGUGAAUGAUUUAAUGUCUGUUGGCCGUCUUGGGAGUUUUUGAAAUGUUUUCUGGUUCUGAUCCAUGAACACAUGGUGAGCUCACCUGUACUUCCCCCCUUUCCCAACUGCUUUUGUAGGAUUUUCUUUCAGGAAAAAAA